ACCAAAAUGAACAUGCGCCAUGCUAGCGCGUGCACCUGGGCUUGUCUCUAGUUGCGGGGGUCGCGGGGAGCACCGAUCACGGCUCAGAAUUAUCAGAAAUUAGAGUCGUGUGCGCGGCUGCGCGCCCUCGCUCGCGUGCCAACCGCCCGCGGCAGUUGCAGGGAAUAAGUCCUGCAUGACACAAAGCCGUAAUUGGAGACCUUUCGUAGCUGGACACAAGGUACAUUAUCAUCCAUGCCUAUGACCAGAACAUUAACUAACACGCGCGCCCGGCGAAGAGCGCGACCGCUGGUAUUCGCAGGCUAGGGUUCUGCCUUCAACAGGUGGUCCCCACAGCCCAUGAAUCAGCUGAUAUGUUGCACGCAUACAUAACGAAUAUGUACUGCGCACUAAUCUAGGCGGCGCUGAACGUUUGGAGAAUGGCAUGCAAAAGUGCAGCGCACCUGCAAUUGCAAAGGGCGCAUUAGAUGGCGGUAGUUGCACUUGUGAUAACGCAUAGACAUUCUACAUCAGGUUACUUCUGCACUUUAAAAGCGAGCUAACCGCGUCCACGUGCGCGUGCCUCUGGUUAGCCCCAACCUGCUCGCGGCGCUCCUCGCUCGCUCGGGCUCACGCUAUACUCAACCUCACCUUCCUAAAACCCGCGCCCAUACUGCAAGCUCGGCACCAUGCCGCCUCGCACGCCCAUCCCCGUCGUCAAGAUGGACCCCAAGAAGGCUCCUUGGGAGCAGGAAAAGAAGCCUCACAACCGCUGGCACCCCGACAUUCCCCCGGUGGCCGAGGUCAAGACCGGUGAUCUGUUCCGCGUGGAGACCAUCGACUGGACCGGCGGCCAGAUCAAGGAUGACGAUAGCGCGGACGACAUCAAGCACGUGGACCUGAGCUGCUGCCACUACCUGUCCGGACCCAUCCGCAUCACCGACGAGAAGGGCGAGCCCGCCCGCCCCGGCGACCUGCUGGUAGUGGAGCUGUGCAACCUGGGCCCCCUGCCCGGAGACGAGUGGGGAUACACGGGCACGUUUGACCGCGACAACGGCGGCGGUUUCCUGACCGACCACUUCCCCGAGGCAACCAAGGCCAUCUGGUAUUUCGACGGCAUCUACGCCUCCUCGCGCCACAUCCCCGGCGUGCGCUUCGCGGGCCUCAUCCACCCCGGCCUCAUCGGCACCGCGCCCAGUCACGAGCUGCUGAAGAUCUGGAACGAGCGCGAGGGGGCUCUGGUGGAGGCGGGCGAGAACAGCACCACCCUGGGCGGCGUGCUGCACACCCGGCCGCUGGCGCUGCUGCCGGAGCCCAAGGGCGCGCUGCUGGGUGACAUCCCCGCCGACUCCCCGCAGUGGUCCAAGGUGGCGGGUGAGGCGGCGCGCACCAUCCCCGGCCGCGAGAACGGCGGCAACUGCGACAUCAAGAACCUCAGCCGCGGAUGCAAGGUGUAUUUCCCCGUCUUCGUGGAGGGUGCCAACCUGUCCAUGGGUGACAUGCACUUUAGCCAGGGAGAUGGCGAGGUCUCAUUCUGCGGCGCCAUCGAGAUGAGCGGGUUCCUCGAGAUCAAGACCGAGAUCAUCCGUGGCGGCAUGGAGCAGUACCUCACGCCCAUGGGCCCCACCAAGCUUCACGUGCACCCCAUCUUUGAGAUCGGGCCCCUGGAGCCGCGCUACAGCGAGUGGCUGGUGUUCGAGGGCAUCAGCGUGGACGAGUCCGGCAAGCAGCACUACCUGGACGCGACUGUGGCCUACAAGCGCGCUGUGCUCAACUGCAUCGACUACCUGUCCAAGUUCGGUUACACCAAGCAACAGGUGUACCUGCUGCUGUCGUGCUGCCCCUGCGAGGGCCGUAUCAGCGGCAUCGUGGACGUGCCCAACGCAGUGGCCACACUCGCCAUCCCCAUCGCCAUCUUCGACCAGGACAUCCGGCCCAAGGCUGGCGGCCCCCCCGUAGGCCCGCGCCUCGUUACCCGUGGCGAUGUGGCCAAGAGCAAGUACGACGGCAGCAAGCCGCUCACCAUCAACCCCUGCAUGUGCGGCGGCGGCCACUAGUAAUGCAUGCGUAUGUGAAGAUCAGGCGUGUCCGUUUGGCAAGCACGCCCUGGACACGCGAGCAAGGGAGGUUGGGGUGGUUGAGCGAGCGAGUUGCAUUAGUCCUGAUGAUGCCUGGCACCAGGGGAGGCACCUUCCUAGCACUAACCCAGAUGGCGCGCGUAGCGCGCGGCGCCGGUGGCCCGGUGCCUUGGUGGUGGGCGGCUGCAGCAGGUGCCAUCAGUUGGCCGCUGUAAACCGGUGUGUUGAUUGUGACGUGUAGGCAGAAUGGCCGUGAACGGUAGGUCUUACCGUAUAAUAGUGUACGUAUGCUACGGGCAGGUUGGAGGAGGGGUGGCCCCUUGCUUAAUGGGAGGCACGUACACGCCUUCACGGCACGCACACUUUUCUCUCUAAUGACGUGCAGGAUGUUGCUUCCUUUCCUCUUCGCUUGGAUCAUGCAAAAAAUAGAUAAACCUUCAUCCUGGGACAGCUCCGACUAACCCCCAACUAACUCCUGUACGGCACCCCAACCCCCCUCAGCCGUACAGGAGGUAGCGUGGCAGUCGGCAGCUGCGCGAGUGUGAGCAGGUAGUUGUACGGCGGCCCGGCUCGGAAGCUGCCUGGCUGUAGUGACGCACACGGGUUGUUGGCGGUUGUCGGCAGGCGCGCGAGUGGGAGCGGGCAGUUGAGCGCACACGCGUGUGGGAAGCUGCGUCUGAGCACGGUGGAGCACGGCGGAGGCUGGCGGUUGGCGCGUCGCGUGAGUGGGAGUGAAUAGUCGUGCGCACGCCGUCUGGGAAGCUGCGUGUGUGGGCUGCGUGUAAGCUCAGAGAGAC